AUGGUCUCUAGCUCCAACAAAGCGGUUCUUACUGUUGAUGAUCACUUGAGCCCUGCGCAUACCUUGCUUCAGAUUCGUUGUGUUGAUCAAAAGGGGCUUUUCUAUGAUAUCCUCAGGACUUCUAAAGACUGCGAUGUCCACAUUGCAUACGGUAGAUUCUCCUCAAAGGUGAAAGGCUACAGGAAUUUGGACUUGUUUGUUCGAGGUACAGACGGGAAGAAGAUAUCGGACCCAAAACAUCAAGCCAACUUCUGUGCUCGGCUUAAGGAGGAAAUGGUGUGUCCUUUGCGAGUGAUCAUCGUGAACCGAGGACCAGAUUCUGAGCUGUUAGUAGCUAACCCUGUGGAGCUAUCUGGCAAAGGAAGACCACGAGUUUUCUACGAUGUCACACUCGCGUUGAAAUCACUAGGAGUCUGCAUUUUCUCGGCUGAGAUUGGGAGGCAUUCGACUUUAGACAGACAAUGGGAAGUUUAUAGAUUUCUUUUGGAUGAGAGUCGUGAGUUACCGUUGGCUAGUCUCCGUGCAAGGAAUCAGAUAGUGGAUAGAGUCACAAAGACACUUAUGGGUUGGUGA